UUUUUUAUUUGAUUUUUUGUCAUAACAAAUUUAAUUCUACUUUCCAUUUUUCAUUUGGAUGUAAUUUGUUAAGUUUUUUUAACAUAUAUUUUUUUAUAUUACACAAUUUGAACUCCAUGUCGUAUACUUAAGUUAAGGAAGCGUUAUCGCUAGUUAGACCUUAAAAGUUUCAUAUUAAUAAUAAUAUAUUAUUUCUAUGGAUUCGAUUAGUAAUGAUGAUUCAACAAAUUACCAAUCUCCUAAUUGCAAUCAAACAGAUAUAACAAAAGAUGGGUCAUUUUAUGGAGUGUUUGUUGAAACUGACAAAGAUGAAAGUGUGUUUCUAGGUACUCCUAAAGUGUUUUCUAAACUUCAAGAAACCUUAUCUGCUGUUAAGUCUAAUAAGGCUGCUCGAUUUAAAGUAUUCAGGUCUGCCUCUGAAGCUGAACAUUUUAGUAUAUUUGGACAAGAAUCACCUAUUAAACUGUCUGAAAAAAUAUAUGUUCCUGCUAUUCCCACAAGUUUAGGUUUUAAAUCACUAAAAUCAGAAGAACUUGUUGCAUUCAGACGUCUUAUUGAAAAUGGGGAUGUAGACAAAGUAAAACAAGCUGUAAAUUCUAACCCAAAGUUCCUUGUUAGUAGUGGUGAUACACCUUCAAUUAUUCAGGAAGGGUGUAGAUAUAAUCCAAUACAUGUUGCUGCUCGAUACAAUCAAGCAGCCAUAAUACAUUUUAUAAUGGAAUGUAUUACUAGUCAAGAUUUUAUAAAAUUACUGUAUGGAAUUGAACAGUCUUAUUUAUCUCGCAGUGAAAUUAUUGCAGAUUUAUAUUUAAAUACACCGGAUAAAGCAUCUAAUGAUACACCUCUUCACAUUGCAUCUAAAUUUGGUCAUAUUGAAGUUGUUAAAGAACUUGUGUCUUAUGAUAAGUGUUCACUUUCAUCAAAAAACAAAUAUGGCCAGACUCCAAAAGAUGUAAUUUGUUCAAGAGGAAAUUAUCAAUUUUACAACGAGAUUUUAAAUUUGUUAGAAGAUGUUUUUUUUGUUCCUAUGUGGAAAUCGGAUGAUAACUGCAUUCAACCCACCAUAGGAAAACCAUUUUCACCUAAAUCAUCACCAAUAAUAUCAAUAACCCAAUUUGAAAAUGUUGAUUUUAAAAAAUUAAGUCCUAAACUUGAAAUAAAAGCAAUUGCAGGGCCAAUGAAUGAAGUAGAAGCACAACAAUUCUGGAAAGAUUGGAAAUCUCCAGUGCGAAAAUCAUUGUUAUCACCAUCACCUGUAAAAAAGCGUAAUAGUCCAAGAUUACGGGAAUUGCAAGAGAAAAGUUUUGAAAAAGCUGGAAGAGAACUUGCAGAAAUAAAAAAUAUUGGAUGGGCAGAGUAUUGGUCAUUUUUAGACCGAAUAGUUGAUCUUAGAACAGAAAGAGGUCUUCAACUUCUUGAAAAAUAUUUAGGAGAGAGAUUUAGUUCAAAAGAAUUGGAAUUAUCAGAAAAAUUGACUGCAAUUGAAUCUACUGUACUUUUGAGUCCUAUGGGUGAAUUGUGUAAGGCGUUAGAGUCAAUGAGAAUAGGAAGUAAUCAAAAAGGAAAAAGUCCUAGAAGAUCAACACUUGUAUCUUAUACUUGUCUAGUCAAAUCCUGUAAGGUGCUUAGUGAGCGUUUAUCAAAGUUUAUAAUAUCUGAAUAUGUCAAUAAACAUAAUAUUGAAAGUAUGGCAAACCGUUUAUGUCAUGAAGUAAGACAUUUAUUAGUUUUAGAAGACAGUUUCUAUUCAGAUACCCGGUUUGAUCAAAACAUACAGGGUAAAAUUCAUGGAAGAGUAGCUAUGAAUUUAUGUCAAAUACUAAAAAGUAAUUCGGAAUUCAGUUUACAUUUCCAUUCUGUGCUUAUUUUACUACAAAAAUAUUUUUUGAGUUUUGAAAAAAUUAAAACUAGAAGUGAAAAUACUGUAGCAUGUUUAACAAACUUAAUGACUGUUAUUUAUAAUAAUAUUAAUUCUUCAAAUUGUGCACAAUCAACAGAUAGCGAAGAAGAUUGUAAAAAAAUUUUUUUUACUAUUAAUCCAUGCUCAUGUAGUAUAGAACUGAAAUCUAGGCUGAAACCUAAACAACUUUUUACAGAUGAUGAAGAUAAAAAUGAUUCUUCUAAAAUAAAAGUUACUGAAGAACAUAGUUCAGAUGAUGAAAUUUAUAUUAGUGCACCAUCAAGUCCUCAAAAUGAAUCUUCAGAUGAUGAAAUGUUUCUUAAUGCUGAACAAAAUUUUUCUUACCUACUAUUUUCCAGGAAUUGUCCUACUAAUGAUGAUUUACUAGUAUAUGAUGUUUUAAAAGGGACAAAAUUGGAUGCUAAUAAAUAUCCUUGGCUGUAUAGAUGGUUGUACUCUAUGGAUGAUUAUAAUAAUAAUCUGUGAUAUUGAUGUAGUAAUCUUUAUAUUAGAUGUUAUUUUAUAUUUGAAUUAUUUUAUUUUUAAACUGUUGUUUUAUAAUAAAAUUUGUAUAAUAUUUA